AAAAUGCGUGAAUUUCGAGAUUCGGUCUUCUAAACGAUAUAUCGAUAGUAUCGAAGUUAUAGCAAUAUGGAUCAUAAAUCCAAAAUAAUGGAAACAUUUGUUUUAGAUCCAAAUUUAAUUCAAAUCUGUUUUGAUGAAGCAGAAAAAGGCCUAAAAAAUGGUGAAGUUCCUGUAGGUUGUUUGUUUAUUAUCGAAGAUCAAAAUGGUAGCCAACAAAUUCUAGCUAAAUCUCAUAAUCGAAGCAAUGAAUUUAAAAGCGCUUUGAAACAUGCUGAAUUUGAUUGUAUCAAUCAGAUUGUUGAACAAUAUCCAGAAAAUUAUGAUGAAAUUUUUAAAAAAACAAUUGUAGUCUUAACUCUUGAACCAUGUAUUAUGUGUUGUCGGGCUUUAAGACGAUUACAAGUGAAAGCAGUUUUAUAUGGAGCUCAAAAUGAACGUUUUGGUGGUGCCGGUUCGGUAAUGUCGGUACAUUCAAAUCCUCGAUUAAAUGAUCCAGUUUUGAAUUGUAUAUCAGGAUCAUUGGAUGCCGAAAAAUCUAUUGCAUUAUUGAAACGUUUCUAUGAUCAAACUAAUGAAAAUGCUCCUAAGGAUAAAGUGAAAAUUAAAAAAUCGACCUCUAAUCUAAUUAAUGACGAAUCGAAUAAAAACCAAAGCCACAGUUCAGAACAAUCAACGCACAAAUGACUUUUUUUAUAUCGUUCAGCAAAAAACUUUUUACCACUAAUCUAAA